AUGGUGUACUACUUUACGGCAAAAGUGACUGCAAAAGAUGAUGAAUUGGCUGACUUUGCUAUUGAUGAUUCCCAGGCUGAUGAAGCAACCAUAUAUAUGGGAAGAGAUAAAGUAGAAAAUGACCCAUUAAUCAAGCAUUCUCAUCCCAAGAACAUUUGGUUUCAUGUUGACAAGCUUUCGUCAGCACAUGUAUAUUUGCAAUUGACCAAAGAUCAAAUAAAAAGUUUCAAAUCUUUUGCAAGUUUCCAAAUAGAGGAAGAUUUGCUUAAUCAAUUAGGACAGUUGACCAAAGCCAAUUCGAUAAAGGGCAAUAAAUUAAAUAACGUAUCCAUUAUAUAUACUCCGGUUGAAAAUUUGCAUACAGACGGGUCAAUGGAUAUAGGUACAGUUACUUUCAAAAAUAAUAAACUUGUGAAGAGGUUUAACGUUGUGAAAAAGGAGAAUGCUAUAAUCAAUAAAUUGAACAAAACAAAGAGAGAAAUACCAACUGAUGAGUUUAUUUCCAAACAGAAUGAGUUAAUCAAAGAAAUUGCUAAUGAGAGAAAACAAGAAGAAAAAGAGGCAAAGGAGUUGAGCAAACAAUAUGAAUAUCAGAAGAAACAAAACGCUGACCCUUAUGCAGAUUUGUUUGCUAGUGAAUCAACUAGUAAGUCUACCAACUGGUCUGAAGAUAGUUUCUGGUGA